CCCUUGGGCGGGCAUUUCUCAGCCUUCUUCCUCCCAGGGCUUAGCUCUCCAUGGCCUCCUCAGGCUGGCCAGGCUUGGCCCGGGGUCCCCAGGGGGAGAAGAAGGCCUUGGCCCGGGCUCUAAGGGCACUAGGGCAUCUGGAAUCUAUCCUGUGCCGAGCCCCCCACCUGGAUUCCAGCCCCCCCUCCUUGCCUGACCUGCUCCCACAGAUGGCCAGGCUGCUGCAGCAGGUGGCUGAGGCCAGGAAGCAGGCGGCAGGAGGGCUCCAGGAGCCCGGGGGGGCCGCUGAUUUCCUAGCUGGCUUCCUCACCAACCUGGGCCAGAAGGUGCAGCAGGCAGCCAUCCUCUUCCCUGCAGGGGACAAGGCCCUCUGGGAGGGCCCUAGCCACAGGAGGCAGCUGACCAAGCUGGCCCUGAUCUUCAGUCACAUGCUCACAGAGCUCAGAGCCCUCUUCCCUGACGGUCGCUACUACGGACACACGUACCAGCUUAGCAAACCCCAGGCUCAGGAAUUUUGGAGAGAGAAGUGUGGAAAGAGGUGUGUGGUUCCAUGGGAAGAAUUUGAGAAACUUCUGAGCUCCUGCCACCCUGUGGUGCCUGGUCCUAUGGCCCAGGCCCUGAAAUCCACCAUCGACUUAACCGUCAGCGGCCAUGUGUCCAUCUUUGAGUUUGACGUCUUCACCCGCCUUUUCCAGCCCUGGUCCUCUCUCCUCAAGAACUGGACCCUCUUGGCUGUUACUCACCCCGGCUACAUGGCCUUCAUCACCUAUGCAGAGGUGAAGGCCCGCCUGCAGAACUACCUGGACAAGCCUGGCAGCUACAUCUUUCGCUUGAGCUGCACCCGCCUAGGUCAGUGGGCCAUUGGCUACGUGAGCAAAGACGGCCAGGUCCUGCAGACGAUCCCUCUGAACAGGCCACUUUUCCAGGCCCUGAGAGAAGGCCAGAAGAAAGGCUUUUACCUCUAUCCCGAUGGGAGGAAUGUGAAUCCAGACCUGUCUGAGCUGGCAGAAAUAAAGGACCACAGACACAUUGAGGUCUCACAGGAACAAUUCCAGCUUUACUGCACCAUGAACUCCACCUUUGAACUGUGCAAGAUCUGCGCAGAGCGGGACAAAGACACAAGGCUGAAGCCCUGUGGCCACCUCAUGUGCUACCCCUGCCUGGAUGGCUGGCAGAAAUCCCCAGGCCGCACCUGCCCCUUCUGCCGAUGUGUGAUUCAGGGAUGGGAGUCUGUGACCAUCCAGCCUUUCCCUGGGGAUUCAGGAGACCAGGAAGACAAGGAGACCUCAGUUAAGGUAUGUCCCAGGAAUCCCCCUCUUGGGGCUCCCCCCUUGCCCCCAAGGCCUAACCUGCCCCCUAGGAGAGAUGGGGACCGUAAAUUGGUCCCAACUAGAGCCCAGGACCCUGACGACUCAGAGCCCAGGGAGCCUCAUCCAGGAAAUGAGAGGCUUGGACCAGAAUGACCUCUGAGGUCCCUACCCCCUCUAAAAAUCAAUGAGUCUGUAAGGCCAGGAACCAGGCAGAAAUCCGAGACCAGGCAGGAUUUGGAGCUCAGAACCCAGCAUGAGAGAGGAAAAAAAUCUCCCAGUCCAGUCAGUACACAAUGACUAAAGAAAUUCCAAAGCCCCAACCUAGCCAGAGUGAGUAUCAACCUAAGUCAGAGACCAGCCAGAAACUAGACCCUAGAUAAAAUCCACAGCCCAGGCAGAACACAGGGACUAGAGCCCAGGCCCAGAGGCCAGGCAGAACCGAAAGCCUGCAAGACCCAGAACAUGGAGGCCCGGCAAAAUUCAGAGAGAACUCAAAGCCCAGGCAAAGAGAGCUCACAGUGCAGAGCCCAGGCAGAGUCCAGAGCCCAAAGAGAACUCCAAACCCAGAUGACCUAGAACAGACUGCAGAGACCAAGACACCAGAACUCAGAAGUUGGACUCCAGAAAGUCAAUUCACUGAAAGUCCUUGAUGUAAGAGUGGGAGAGGCUGUGAUAAGCAAUUAAAUACACGAGAAAGGA